AUGUUCAAACGACUAUUGACUUGCUUAGCCGUGGUUGCUGCUGUUUCAGCCGCCGGAAAUGUCUGCAAAGUUGGUAAGGCAAUCAACAAGCCUGUAAUCAAUGGCACGCCUGUGUUUUGGCCGGCUUCUUGGAACGAAACCCAGCCCGCUCCUCAGCUGGAGAAGGGUCAGUCGUGUAGUUGGAUUGUAACGAUUCCACGCGGAUAUUAUGCAAAACUGAUAAUCAGUGGAAAGACGACAGGAAACGAUUCAGUCAUUCAAACUGUCGACUCUGCAGGAAAUCGUAUUCAAACAACCCAAGAAAACAUGGAACCCUAUUACUUCCCAGCCUCAAAGUUCACCAUUGCUGUUACAAACAAAGGAUUUGCUACGCUUGCAUUCAAAGUUGUUUGGUGGCCACUUCCACCAUCAAAAUAUGUUCAUCUUGUUGGACCUACUGGUCAGGUGGUCAACGUCACAGAAACUAUUUUUGCUAUGCAAUACGAGGGACCAGGCGGACUCACUCUGUUGACAUUCCCAGGAGAUUUGAAAAACUAUUAUUCAUUGAGAAGCGCAUUGGUCUUUGAAGGAAACAAUUUGGACACGGCAAACUAUGUUUCAAAUCUCUACCUGCUAUACCAGAAAAAAGUGCAAUGGUCAACUAGUCAAGAGAGUAUUUUUAUUGUCAACCUUGAAGCCAGUCGUUCCAACGAUAAACUUCUUUUUCAAUGAUCCAUGUUUCUGGCUGGAAUUGAUGAGAUAGUUGAACUUCACCCGCAAUCUAGUUCGGUCUAUAAUGGAACUUUGAACGGAGGUCACAGAAAGUCUUUGAACGGAGGUCACAGAAGUCUUCACUUGUUGCAGUGUCUGAUCUUGAAUUGCAAAUGAUCGAUGCUCAGAUGGAAGAUGACUCUACCGUUUCAGUUUACUAUGGUUCUCCAGAAAUCUUCGCUCUCGAUAAAACUUACACCAAAGGACAGCUGGAGAACGCACUUCCAUUGUCGUUUAAUGGAUCUUUUGUGCAGUUUGUGGUCAGUUCAGCUGUGAGCCGUGGCAAGGCUGUGUUUACUUUCAAAAGUUGAAAAG